UUACAAAACACAAAGUUACAAAGCAAGGAUAAAUUAUUUUUAUGAAUAUAUCAAGUAAUAGCAAAUAUAUUCUCCUGGUUGUUAAAACUUUAUUUAAGGAAAGAAGAAGACUCUCACUAUAAUAUGAAAUAAAUUACAACUUUACCUACAUAAAAUUUAACUGGCUAUAUUAUUAUGGUAACCCGUCCGAACUGUGAACACUAAUAAGUUUAUUCACAAAAUGAGCCCCGUUGAGAGUGUCCCCGUUGCAGUUUUGAACCGUGUCGAUGAUUAUGUUGAAUUAUUAUAUGAUGACAUUCCCGAGAAAAUAAAAGGAUCGGCACUGAUAUUACAACUCGCUAGGAACCCGGAUAAUUUAGUGGAAUUGGCUCGAAAUGAGGCCCUUUUGAGUGCCCUAUCUAGAGUUCUGAGAGAGGAAUGGAAAAGAAGUAUUGAACUGAGUACAAAUAUUGUUUAUACAUUUUUCUGCUUUUCCACCUAUAUUGAAUUUCAUUCAGUAAUUAUACAAUAUAAGAUUGGAUCAUUAUGUAUGGAUGUAAUUGAUUAUGAAUUAAAGAGAUAUGACCAGUGGAAAGAAAAGGUGGAGGGAAAAAAACCAUUAGCUACCCCCGAUAAGAAUGAGUUACCUAAGAGUCGUAUCCCAGAGCCAAAAAGACGCCCUAAAUCAGGAACUUGGGCAGUGGCUGAUGUCAAUCUACAAAAGUCAAGAUCACUUGUGUCUAGUUAUCAUGAAGACCUUUGCAAUGCUUCUGAUGAUUGUUUAUCAAAGAAUGAUGAAGAGCAAUUAAGAAGGAAACUGAAAGCAUUAUCUAAAAGACAAGAACAACUCUUAAGAGUUGCAUUUUACAUGUUACUCAAUAUUGCUGACAAUGUUAAGGUUGAAGAGAAAAUGCAUAAGAAGGAUAUAGUUGGAUUGCUCAUAGGAGCCAUGGAAAGACAUUCCAAUAUGGAUUUACUUAUUCUAAUUGUUUCAUUCUUGCAAAAGCUGUCUGUUUUUAUUGAAAACAAAAAUGUAAUGGUGUCAAAGGGGAUUAUCGAUAAAUUGGCACCCCUUUUGGAUUCCCCUAAUGCAGACCUAGUGAAUGUCACAUUAAAACUACUAUUCAAUCUGACUUUUGACAGUAAAAUUCGUAACAAGAUUAUUAAAAUGAACUUAUUACCAAAAUUUAUUCAAUUUACAAGUGAUGAUAAACAUAUAACACUGGCUAUGAAGAUAUUAUAUCAUCUCAGUAUGGAUGACCGUGUUAAAGUACUGUUUACUCAGUCUGAUUGUGUGAAGUUGUUAACAGAUAUGCUUCUAUUAAAUGUGAACAGUGACCUGAGUUGUGAGAAUGGUCCUGGAACAACUGAUAUUUUAUUGGCACUAUGUGUGAACUUGUCUUGGAAUGAGCGAGCUGCCCAACAGAUGGCGUCUGAAGGUCGUCUGCGAGAGCUGUUAGCGCGAGCGUUUAGACACCGGAACUCAAUGCUCAUGAAACUUGUUAGGAAUUUGUCACAUCAUGCAGCCAAUAUACCCUUAAUUGUGGAGUUUGUUGGUGAUGUGGCUGGUGCAGUGACCAGUGGUGAUGCACCUGAAGAGUUUGUGAUAGAAUGUCUUGGUACACUCAGCAAUAUUCUCAACCCUGUGAAUAACAUUGAUGUGUAUGCUGUAGUUGAGAGAUAUAAUCUUAUUCCGUUUAUCUUGAAAGUUUUGAAUCCAGACGCCAAGUGCGACCCGGAGCUGGUGCUGGAGGGCGUGGUCUGCGCAGGCGCCGUGUGCGCGGAGCAGCGCUGCGCGGAGGCGCUGUGCGCGGGGGGCGGGGGCGCCGCACUCGUGGCAGCGCUGCGCCAGCGACAGGCCGACGACGAGCACGUGCUGCAGACCGUGUUCGCUUUCCGGCAGAUGUUGUCGCACCCGCGCGCAGCAGACCAUCUCGUUAACAACACAGAAGCCCCAGCCUACUUAAUUGAUCUUAUGCAAGACAAGAACGUCGAAAUAAGGAAAAUGUGUGAUUCCUGUCUUGACAUCAUAUCACAGAUGCAAAAUGAUUGGGCAGCUAGAAUAAAGGUGGAGAGAUUCAGAUGCCACAAUGGGCAGUGGUUGUCUGUGGUGGAAACAUUGGGAGCAGAGGGUGGGUCGGGAGAUGCGGCUGAUGAUCUGCCGCCCUAUCUCUCUGCCGACUAUCUCACUACACACAGACUUACCACUUCAGAUUCACAAACAUCACUUAACGACGAUUCAGAUAGUCUGACCGGAGUGGAUUACAACCGAGUUAACAGUCGCAACACCCAAGACGGACGACACAUCGAUGAUUUUGGCAUAUCUGACUCUGUGUCCGCGAUAUCAGCGUUGGAUGACGACACGCACUUCUCAAAAACACUUAAUGUUUUUGCUUGAAGCUUCCACGACGAAUAUUGCAUUAGAUAAGUUCGAGGAACACUGACAAACUUAUAGUGCACGAACACCAUACUAAACAGUAUUAAUAAAAUUAUUUUUAUCACUUAUAAAUUUAGACUUUUCGACAUUCACAAUCUUUAGGUUUAAUUAUUGCUAGUAAAACCUGGUUACGCUUUACUGUAUCUAUAUGGAUUCAUAAAAAUUCCUUUAUAUGAAUCUAAUGUUAUGUAAAAAUUUUGAAAUUAUUGGUUGGGAGCUUUUAUUUAGGAAAGGACGAGACGUGCAUGACGUUCACCUGAUUCUUGAUUGAACCUAAACUUCUGAGCGGCAUCCCAAUGUGCUCAUCACUUCUACUACAAUAUAUAUAAUGAAAAUGGUCAUUCUUUGAGGCUCAAUCACGCCUAAACCACUUGAUCGUAUCGACAUGACACUACUACCAUUCGAUGCGAAAUUUAUCUAUAUAUAUAUACUCAUUUUUUACUGUAUUUGUAAUAAGAUGAAUAAAAUUUAAUUUAUUUACUUUUAAAAUUCGCCCAGCGCAGCGGGCGGGAACGGCUAGUUCAUAUUAUAUAAAUUGUUUUUCCAAUCCAAAUCACUUUAUUCAUGUAGGUCAAGGAAAUGACACUUAUGAAUGUUAAAAGUUUUCUUUUCUUUUUAUUUCCACCGCCACUUCAUAAAGGGUUUAUUAGCUACGGCGCCCUUCGAACCAAAACGCAGUAUUAUAUAAAAUAUCUACAAUGUAUCAAGACACGCAUCCCGGCGUCCCCAGGGAUACCAGUAAGAGAUUUGAACCGACGGUAUCGGUAAUAAAUAAUUUACUUCUCCUAAGUCACAAAUAAAUUCGAUAAAAAUCAUCUUUACUUAACGUAGUGUUAUGUCUCUUUCGCACUGUUUUUAAUUAACGCAAAAAAAAAUUCUAAACCAUUAGUUUUUAAGGGGUAGUCCUAAUAAUUAUCCAAACUAGGGAAACGCGUAUACUUCAUACUAAAUUAGGCUUAAUAAUGUAUUAAUACCAAAUAUAACACCCUAGUCGUAAAAUUAAUUAAUAAAGGCUUCGAGUUGACGGUUUUGUUUCCUGUAUUCGUUUCCGUCCACGUAUACUCAAUGUUUUAUUGAAUGUGAAACCUUAUUUUGAGUAAAAUUUAGGUAUUUUGUUGAUUAAUUAUUUUUGUUAUUGAUAAUAAUAAAAAUACUCCGAAUCUGGUUUUAGUCUAUUGUGCAAUAUUGGUUGUAUGGUUGAAUUUAAUGAAUUUUACCAAUUUAACAAAAAAUAAUAUAUUUAUUUUUUGGUAUGGCAACAUAACUUACUCUACAUUGUUGUGUUGUACAUGUGUUGUAAGUUGCUUAAUUCUUAUGUUAUUUCCAUAAUAAAUGUGGUAUUCUUAUUUAUGUGAUACUAAAUGAUAUGUCUUAUAUUUUUUUUUAAUGAAAUGAAUGAUUUAUUGUAUUUUUAUUUAUAUAGUUGCUUUCCAAAUACAUAAUAUAUAGUGAACCAAA